CUUUCAAAUAAGGUGUUAUGUGACCUUGAGAACUCUUUGUUGCUCUGAUCUUCAGUUUCUUUUAUAAUACCAGAGUAAUAUUUUAUCUACGUUAUAGGGCUUUUAUGAGGAUUAAAUAGAGCAUCAUGGGUAGUGUUUUUUCAGCCUCUGUCACUAAGUAGGUAAUAAAUGGUCUGCAGUCAUCAUCAUAAAUGAUUCAAGGUCUGAAUAGCAGAAGCAGAAGAGGAAAACUCAAGUGAAACGUGCUAGACAUAUAACACAGCUUAUCUAAUAAAAUAUGUUACUGGCUAAGCUGGGGUGGCUUUCUGUCCCCCACUCAAGUUUAAGAAAGAAAAAUAGACCUAUCUCUGCAUCUGCCACUGCAUACCUCUCAGAGCACAGACCAACUUUGCCUUUCCUUGAAAGUCCUAGGUUUACCUACCAACUUUUAGGAAAUAACCAUUCUCAAAGCCUGGCAAAGAGGGCAUCAGGAGCAGCUCUAGAGGUUUGCUCCGAUUUGUAUCUAGUCCUCCAGUAAAGUCGGCUGCUACCAAUCCUAGCCAACCCGCUCAACGCCCACCCUCACUGCGGCACUGGACGCGCGGGGGAUGCGGGGUUAUUCCCCGAGUAGCCGCUAAGGGGAGCCGGACGCCGGACCGCCCUUCCUCGUUGCCAUGACAACGACACCGGCGAGCGCGCAGCCUGGGGAGCGAAGUGCCGCCUAAGGCGGGUGUCGAAUUGCAGUGCGCUCGCGGAGGCUCUGGACCUUGGAGCCUGUGAGAUUCUGGCUACUGUUCCUCCGCCUCCCUCUUGGGCAGCUCCCUAAGCCGGCGGGGACGCGCAGAGUGAAAAUGGUCCAUCAUUCAGGCUCCAUUCAGUCUUUUAAACAACAAAAAGGUAUGAAUAUAAGCAAGAGUGAAAUAACAAAAGAAACUUCAUUAAAACCAUCUCGGAGAUCCCUGCCUUGCCUCGCCCAGAGCUAUGCUUACUCAAAGAGCUUGAGCCAGUCUACCUCACUCUUCCAGUCAACGGAGAGUGAAUCUCAGGCUCCCACAUCUAUCACCUUAAUCUCCACUGACAAAGCAGAGCAAGUUAACACUGAGGAAAAUCAAAACGACUCUGUGCUCAAAUGUUCUUUUGCUGACCUCAGCGAUUUUUGUUUGGCCCUAGGAAAAGAUAAGGAUUACACGGAUGAAUCAGAACAUGCGACUUAUGACCGAUCUCGUCUCAUUAAUGACGUUGUUACCAAAGAUAAGUCUGAAUUCAAGACAAAAUUAUCAAAGAAUGACAUGAAUUACAUAGCAUCCAGUGGACCUCUAUUCAAAGAUGGCAAAAAAAGAAUCGAUUACAUCUUGGUUUAUAGAAAGACAAAUAUACAAUAUGACAAAAGAAACACAUUUGAAAAGAACCUCAGAGCAGAAGGCUUGAUGUUGGAGAAGGAGCCAGCUAUUGCAAGCCCUGAUAUCAUGUUUAUCAAAAUUCACAUUCCAUGGGACACGCUGUGCAAGUAUGCAGAAAGGCUGAAUAUCAGGAUGCCCUUCAGGAAAAAGUGCUAUUACACUGACGGGAGGAGCAAGUCAAUGGGCAGGAUGCAAACUUAUUUUAGAAGAAUCAAAAACUGGAUGGCCCAUAACCCAAUGGUUCUUGACAAGUCAGCUUUUCCAGACCUAGAGGAGUCAGACUGCUAUACUGGCCCCUUCAGCCGUGCACGAAUUCACCACUUCAUAAUAAAUAAUAAGGACACCUUCUUCAGCAAUGCUACUCGAAGCAGAAUAGUCUAUCACAUGCUGGAGCGCACCAAAUAUGAAAAUGGAAUAUCAAAAGUGGGUAUACGUAAACUUAUAAACAAUGGCUCAUAUAUAGCAGCGUUUCCACCACAUGAGGGAGCCUACAAGAGUAGCCAGCCCAUUAAAACCCAUGGACCUCAGAAUAACAGGCAUCUAUUAUAUGAGCGCUGGGCACGCUGGGGAAUGUGGUAUAAACAUCAGCCUCUGGAUUUAAUCAGGCUAUACUUUGGUGAGAAGAUUGGACUAUACUUUGCUUGGCUGGGAUGGUAUACCGGAAUGCUGAUUCCUGCAGCAAUUGUUGGCUUGUGUGUUUUCUUCUAUGGAUUAUUUACAAUGAAUAAAAGUCAAGUGAGCCAAGAAAUUUGUAAAGCCACUGAAGUCUUUAUGUGCCCUCUCUGUGACAAAAACUGCUCCCUGCAGAGACUCAACGACAGCUGUAUCUAUGCCAAGGUGACAUAUUUGUUUGAUAAUGGUGGGACAGUCUUCUUUGCUAUUUUUAUGGCAAUAUGGGCCACAGUCUUUCUGGAGUUUUGGAAGAGGAGAAGGAGUAUACUGACAUAUACUUGGGACCUUAUCGAAUGGGAAGAAGAGGAGGAAACACUUCGUCCCCAGUUUGAAGCCAAAUAUUACAAGAUGGAGAUCGUAAACCCCAUCACAGGAAAACCUGAGCCGCAUCAGCCUUCCUCAGACAAAGUCACUCGCCUUCUUGUUUCUGUCUCAGGAAUAUUCUUCAUGAUUUCUCUGGUGAUCACUGCAGUGUUUGGAGUCGUGGUGUACCGCCUGGUUGUCAUGGAACAGUUUGCAUCAUUCAAAUGGAAUUUCAUCAAACAAUACUGGCAGUUUGCAACAUCUGCUGCUGCUGUCUGUAUCAAUUUCAUAAUCAUUAUGUUGCUGAAUCUCGCUUAUGAAAAAAUUGCUUACCUCCUCACUAAUUUAGAAUAUCCUCGAACAGAAUCUGAGUGGGAAAACAGCUUUGCCCUGAAGAUGUUCCUCUUCCAGUUUGUCAAUUUAAACAGCUCCAUCUUCUAUAUCGCUUUCUUUUUGGGAAGAUUUGUUGGCCACCCAGGAAAAUACAAUAAACUUUUUGACCGGUGGAGACUGGAGGAAUGUCAUCCUAGUGGCUGUUUGAUAGACCUCUGCCUCCAGAUGGGUGUCAUUAUGUUUUUGAAGCAAAUAUGGAACAACUUCAUGGAACUGGGAUACCCGCUGAUCCAGAACUGGUGGUCACGACAUAAAAUCAAGCGGGGAAUACAUGAUGCUUCCAUACCUCAGUGGGAAAAUGACUGGAAUCUGCAGCCCAUGAACCUUCAUGGACUGAUGGAUGAGUACUUAGAAAUGGUUUUGCAAUUUGGUUUUACCACCAUCUUUGUUGCGGCUUUUCCUCUAGCCCCUCUUUUGGCUUUGUUAAACAAUAUCAUUGAAAUCAGGCUGGAUGCAUACAAAUUUGUUACCCAAUGGCGGAGGCCUUUGCCAGCCCGAGCAACUGACAUAGGUAUCUGGCUUGGAAUUCUUGAAGGAAUUGGUAUAUUGGCUGUGAUCACCAAUGCAUUUGUAAUUGCUAUUACUUCAGAUUACAUCCCACGUUUUGUCUAUGAAUACAAAUAUGGCCCCUGUGCAAAUCAUGUAGAACAAAAUGAAAAUUGCUUAAAGGGAUAUGUCAACAAUAGCCUAUCCUUCUUUGACCUGAGUGAACUUGGUAUGGGAAAAUCUGGUUAUUGCAGGUACCGAGACUACAGAGGCCCCCCUUGGAGUUCCAAACCCUAUGAAUUUACUUUACAAUACUGGCAUAUCCUUGCUGCUAGAUUGGCCUUCAUUAUUGUGUUUGAGCACCUUGUUUUUGGGAUUAAGUCAUUCAUCGCAUACCUGAUUCCAGAUGUACCAAAGGGCCUACAUGAACGAAUACGACGGGAGAAGUACUUAGUUCAAGAAAUGAUGUAUGAGGCUGAGCUGGAACACUUGCAACAACAACGGAGAAAAAGUGGUCAGCCUGUUCACCAUGAAUGGCCCUAGUUGACACCUGUUACCCAGUAGGGGUGAUAGCAUUAAUGGGAAGAAAUGAUGGCAACUUUGAAUGCUAGACGGAAUCUAGGAGGAAGGCAUACUUGGCAAACCACAUGUGUAAUAUAUUACUUGGAAAUGUAUCACAGCCAUCUCUGGGAUUUGAAAUAUCCAGGCUUGUAGGGACCUUAAAAAGGGUUACAUUGACAUUGCAGAAAGCAAGAAUGUAAUUCUCAAAACCAGUCUCAGGGAGUUGUAUGUUUGGAGACCUCUGCCUUCCAUCAACUGCAGAGUAAUGGGAAAGAGGGUGGUGAGGUUUUGAAAGACAGAUUUCCAUAUAAAUGUUCACAAGCCAGGCAUGGCGUAAAGUAUGCCGUCUUCACUCACAAAUUAAUCUGACUUUGGAAAGUAUGGUUGAGUUCAGAUACUUGUAAGAAAUGACUUAAACAAAUUCUUGCCUUGGCUUCCAGAAUGCCACAUCCCUUCAGUUUACAGGUUGGUAGGAAUUGCCCUUGUCUCUUUCUGAGAUUAUGGAUCUGUGCUAUAGGGGAUUUAUGCUGCUUCACAUUGACUAUGCAGUUGAAGAGUUGCACAUCACCUUUAGUAAUCAAACCAAAAAUCUAAGAUUCCAAAAAGAAUAGCAUACGUUGAAAUGAUAUUCCAUUGCAGUGGCUACUUCAAGUCUGUUUUAUCCCUGGCAGAGCCAGUUGCACUGCAGUUUUUUGUACUAAAUGCCAAUAAAGCCACAUACUUAUAAAAUAUGAAUGGCUAUUCUUAUAUAGUUUAGAACACAACUAAUUCAUACUUCACUGUGGAAGGCUGUUUUAUAGUAAAUAUUUCAUUUUUUCCUCUAUGAUUUAUUACAACUCUCACAAAAUAUUAACUUGAAAUGCUGUAAAUACAUUGGUUUUCCUUGUCCCUUUGCACCCUCACAGUAUGUAGUAUCCAUUGUGGUUUAUGCAGCUCUGACACCAGUUUUUGCAAUUGUAAUAUGUUUAUUCAGGAAAACUGAGGCCAGAUGCUCUGCAACACUUAUGCUUUUUCAACAAUGUGCACUCUUACUCAUGAACUAACGAAAAUAAUGCAUGAAUAUAAAUAUAUAUUAUCUGUUAGAAAAAAACACGUAUUUGUGUUUUAGUUUCUUUUUUCAUCACUGAAAGUAGUUUUAUGUUAUUAUUUCUUUGAUAGUUUGAUCUGGUUUAUUUUUGAAAACUCUCUAGAAACAAAGCCAAAUUCAUUGUAAAAGAUAUAAUUUUGCUUUGUUGUGGAAUUUCUAUUUCAGUGUCAACUCUGUAUCUAUGAGUAUGUCUGUCCCACAGACAGAUGAGGCAGGAGUGAUGGGGCACUCAAGAAGGUUCAGAGGAGGCAUAAGCUAUGGAGGUCAGAAAGGAAGAAAGAGAAGAGCUGAGGUAGGGGAAUGUAUGGUAGAAAUUAAGACGUUUCCUUGCAAAACAAGGAAAUCACACAUAUGCACACACACAUAUUUAUGUUUACUAUGAUUAUUAUUUCUCCAAUCAAUCAAAGCACCAUUAUUUCUAAAAUUUAAAAGACCAGAUCAAACACAAUGGGAAUAAAGCUACUACAUAUAUAUGCUAGUGUUUCUCUAGUAAGAUUAUAUUUCUCUUACUAGGAAACUAUUUUCUAAAUAUUAACACUGAAAAUGUCUUGUUAGCUUUUCCUUCUUUCUCUCCAGAAGAAAAGUGGAUAGAUGAUAGUUGUUUAAUUGUUUUUCUCAAGCAUGUUCACUUUCCUCCGUGUCCUCUAAUUCUGAGCAAAGGGAAGAGCCUCAGACUCUGAACUUCCCUCACAUGCCCUUGUUAUGUGAGACUCUUCCAUUCAGAUUCCAGAGAGGUUUUCAUGCUUCUUCCUGCUUAUUUAUAGCAAUCAUAGCAACUAAUUCCACUAAGUACAAAGGAGUUUUACACGCCUCCAUUUUUGUAGCAUCUGCAUUUCUUUUUCUUUGUUAAGUAAAUGUAUACACAUGCCUGAGUAUAAAUAUUCUCUCUACCUAAUGAUAACAUGAACCAACAUCUUUUCUAAAUUAGGACCACAAAACAGCAACAUCUGUCUAAUAGUAGCGUAAAGAAUAACGAUAGCUGUGUCCUUGAGAAGUAUUUCCUUUCCAUGUUUUUACAUAGUCCCAUUACAAUUUAAAACCAUAUUGAUCAACUAGAAAACAAAAUAUGAAAGCAGAAAGAUAUUUUCAUUUAAAAAUUGUAAUACAUUGAUUUAUAAAAUGCCUUCUCUGAUACUUUUGAAACGGAUGUGAAAAAUAGAAAAAGAAAAAUUGUCUGAAAUAUUUAUUUUGUGAAACAGUGCAAUAGAAUCUAGCUAUGCUUUCAUCAUUGUUCACAGAAAAUACUGACAGCCCCUUGCAAUGUGUUAGUUUUAGAUCACUCUGUUUUAGUUGGGAGAAAUGUUUUAUAUGAUGGUUUUUAUAUGAAUACAAAUUAUUUCUCAAAGAUUUAUAGCACACACUAUUCUCAGGAAUUCUGUAUUACAUGGAUGCUGCUUAUAUAUUUUCAUAUUCUAACUUGUCUUUUCAAGCAAAUAACUAAUAUAUAUGUGCAUGCAGUCUGCCUUGACAAGUUGUUCCAAGCUGAAGAGCUUUCACUGUACAAUAAGUGGAAAAUCAACAUAGAUCAUGGCUGAAAUAGUUUGUAUUUGUCUGAGUCUGUGCACGUAUUUUUAGAUAAAAUGCUGCUGAGUGACUGCAUGAUGAGAUACAACUUCUGAAUGCUGCACAUUCUUCCAAAAUGAUUCUUAGCACAAUCUAUUGUAUGAUGGAAUGAACAGAAAACUUUUUCACUCAAUAAAUUAUCAUUUAAUAUGGUAUUUUCCCUAUAAUUUGCAUGUUAAAUUUAAUUCUGCUUGUUUUAAAAAUAUUAAAUUGGAAUUUGUUGAGUA